CGCAGGAGCCAAUGAGAAGGCGCGAUGUUGACGGGGUCCUAAGAUGGCUGCUGGGCAACUGCUUCCUGACAGCUCCAGUUAAUGGGACUGCCAGCAGGCUAGAGACAUCCUUCGCCGGAAUCUGCAGCGCUUAGUUCUGUGCCCGGGAGGGGCUUCUCUCUGUUUUGGGAUUGGAGUGUGGCAUUGCCGCCAGAAAGCCUGCAGAAUUCCGGGUUGUGCAGCCAAGCAGGAACGGUGUACCUUUCUAGACCCAUCCUCUUGCAAUCUUGGACCCUGUUAAUCACAAUAUGGGACAGAAAACUGCAAAACAAAUUUCCGUCCUUCCAUUUUAUUCCUUCAUAUUGAUAGUAAAUCAUGAGCAGUACAACCGGCUUCUCUAUUUUAAGCAUCUUUUGAAGGAACUGGUUUUGGCUCAAUAUAUGUGCUAAAAUAGACUGUGCCAUGGAGAUCAAUAAAGAAAAGAUGUGGAGUGGGCUGCUACCUCCUGGCCUAAAUGAAAGUGAUGCUGAGUCAAACUCGGAAGAUGAAGCUACGUUGGAGAACUCUGGAGUUAAUUUACAGGAAGAUAAAGAGGAUGAGAGCAUCAGAGAAACAGAAAUCGUAGAUUUCUCAACAGAUGAACCAAAAACUGAAACAGAGUCAAAUGUAAAUGCCUAUGAAGAGUGUCCUUCUGGAAUUCCCAUAGAUAUGUGGAAUAAAUUUCAAGAAUUGCAUAAAAAACAUUCUGAACAGAAAAGCACAACCUCAAGAUUCAGAGGGAAAAGAAGAAAACGCUCCAGAAAAGAUAAAUUGAAGAAGGAAAAAGAAUUUCAUAGUGAACCAUCCUCAAAUGAAACCCAGUGGAAAGAGCUUACUCAGUAUUUUGGAGUCAAUGAUAGAUUUGACCCGCCUGUUAAAAGGAAAAAAGUUGAGAAGUCAGGCCUUGAAAAGAGGAUAGACCAGGCUGUGGAGGAGUGGAAUAUUGAGAAGGCUGAGGAACUCAGCAACCAGCUAGCUACUCGAGAGCUUGGUGUAAAAAUUGCCAAAGCAGUUGCCUGCCACAACUUUGUGAAAGCCAAAAAGGAGGUUGAAAAUUCACAGGCUGCCCGAAAAAAGAAGAAACUUGCAUGGGGGUUUGAAGCAAAGAAGAGAUGGGAAACCAAAAGCAACAUGGGAUACAUGUAACUUGCCAGAGUGCUUCAAGACAUUUGUAGACUCAAAUGCUCAAUUUACUGAAUGUUUUCCUGCCUAUGUUAAUAUGUCAGAAAAUUGAUAGCACUAAGACAAAAAUAAGCAUAAAAUUUGGGAUUUUGAUUAUCAGCUCUUUUCAGUCUUUCUUUAAGGACUUUGUCCUAUUGAAGUGAAUAAAAUGAAGCAUUCUGUUAUUUGUAUAAGAAAUGUAAGAAAAAAAUAUAGAAAGAAGAGGAUAGGAUUUUGUUUAUUUGUAUGGAUGGACCCUCGGUAUAAAAUCACUUUUGGCGCUUUCCAUUCAUUUGGUUUAGCACAGCCAGUGAGCUUCUCGUACUUUCUUUUUUUUUUUUUUUUUUUUUUGAGACAGAGCCUCGCUUGCUCUGUCACCCAGGCUAGAGUGCAGUAGCACGAUCUUGGCUCACUGCAACCACUGCUUCCUGGGUUCAAGUGAUUCUCAUGCCUCAGCCUCCUGAGUAGCUGGGAUUAUGGGCAAAUGCCACCACACCUGGCUAAUUUUUUUUUUUUUUUUUUGUAUUUUUAGUAGAGACAGAGUUUUGCUGUGUUGGUCAGGCUGGUCUUGAACUCCUGGCCUCAUAUGAUUCACCUGCCUCUGCCUCCCAAAGUUCUGGGAGUACAGGCAUGAGCUACCAUGCUGCCGUUGUAUUUUCUUAUCUGUACCCAGUGUAACUACACGUUUACUGGAACUGCGUUUUUAAGACUGACAGUUGUUUAUAAUGGAUUAGUCGUAAGUGCCAAAAAGUCUCAGUUGAUAUUAUCUUUACAAAUGACUUGACCUUAAUGUUAUAAAAGUAGUUACUGUUUUUUUAAUUGGAGGCAGACUUGAUAUUUCAGAAUUGCAUAGUAAAAGCAAUUUGUUAAUUUUUGUGUACUUUCAGAUAAACUAUUACAAUAAAGAAAGGAGCAGAAUGUAGUAUUUGGAAGAUGAUUUAAAUUCAGCAACGCCUAAAAAUGUCUUCCUAAGUAUUUUUCUCAGCCAUGUCAUUCUUUAAAUUAUGAGAUGGUUCUUAGAAGAGAAAAUGGUGUAAUUGUAUUAAACAGACAAUUAUAACUCAAGAUAAUAUAACUUUGAACCUUCUAAGAA